AUGCUGAAAAUGAAACCGGCGCUGAAAAAAACGCUGAUGGCGGUAGCGUGCCUGAGCGCAGUACCGGCAGCCCAGGCUGCCAUCUCCCUGGACCGUACGCGUGCGAUUUUUAACGGUGGUGAGAAAUCGAUGACACUGAAUAUCGCCAAUGAUAACAAACAGCUCCCCUACCUGGCGCAGGCCUGGAUAGAGAAUGAGAAACAGGAAAAAAUCACCACGGGGCCGGUUAUUGCCACACCACCGGUACAGCGUCUUGAGCCUGGAAGUAAAAGUAUGGUGCGCCUUUCCACAACUCCGGACAUCAGUAAACUGCCACAGGACCGGGAGUCUCUGUUCUACUUCAACCUUCGUGAAAUUCCUCCGAAGAGUGAUAAGGCGAAUGUGCUGCAGAUAGCCCUGCAGACCAAAAUCAAGCUGUUUUACCGCCCGAAAGCCAUUGAGGCGAAACCCAAUGCAGUCUGGCAGGACCAGCUGGUACUGAACAAAACCAGUGGAGGUUACCGGAUUGAAAACCCGACGCCGUAUUACGUGACGGUGAUUGGCCUUGGCGGCAGUGAAAAACAGGCGAAGGAAGGCGAGUUUGAGGCCGUGAUGCUGGCACCGAAGUCCACGCAGACGGUGAAAUCCGGAACAUACAGUACGCCGUACCUGAGCUACAUCAACGACUACGGCGGACGUCCGGUUCUGCCGUUCAGCUGCAGCGGAGACCGCUGUACGGCGGUGAAGAAAUAA